AUGAAUGAGGACGAUGGGAAGGCAUCUCCACCAUCCGAUUUAACAGAGGUAAACGACCAUCUUUUGGACACCUCCAGCUCGGAGUCAGCCCGAAGUUCUCCUGCAGUUGAAGCCGUAAAAAGAGAACCAAAGGAUGAUUUUGAUGACGAAGGUGGAGGCUUUUCUCCGAAGAAUGUGUUUCACAUCAACGCACUCUUAUUCUUUUUCUCGAACACAGAUUUCACUGAUACAAUAACUGUGGGAGACCAGCCAAUCCGCUUCCCGGGGUUAGGACGCACCUCGCUUCGCGAGAGGGCAACUAUAAAAACCCUAUAUGCUGGAAAAGGGAUCCUCUCUGAAGAAGCAGGUGCGCCAUCUCUAAUCCUUUACCCCUCGCGCUUUAGAUUCCGUGCAUACAGAGUAGGAGAGAAAGAAGAGAUGGAUAAGGAAGAGAAGCGGAAAAAGUAUCAUAAUGCCCUCAUGAACAUAUUUUAUCCUCCUCAAUCCCCACCCCGGCAACAUACUACAACUCAGCAGCAAGUUGCAUAUGGACCAGUGGAUUUCAUGUGUGAGGGUUUGUAUGUGGAUUCAGUUUCAGAAGAUGAUGAUUUGGAGAAGGGAAGCUCCUCAGAUGAUGUGAGUGAAGGUGUGCCUCAAAAGCUCACAAGGGCUCAAAGAAAGAGGAUUAGGAAGAAAAAGCUUAAGGAAGUCGCUUCACGCCGGAGUAAAAUCAUUGGUCCUUUAUUACCAACUCAUGAAGAUCUGGAAGGUGAACCGUCCAACCUCCAAAAUGAGUUGGUGCACAAAACUGUUCAUGAUACUGUUCAAGCAUCAGAUGCAUGUUGCAACAGUCCAGAAGCCCUUGAGCACACACACCCCAAAACAAAUUAGAGGACUUGUGGAUUGCUAAAAGGCGUGGACAGAACACUCAAUGGCUGUGAAUUGUUGUUGCUAAUACUUGAUGAAUGGAGACAAUUCUCAUGCCUAUUGCCAUGGUGGCGAAAAACUCCUAUUUUGAAACAGAGAUGGAACUGUGCACAAGAUUUUCAGGGCAAACAGAGAAAUCCAGCAGUACAACAAUUAUUUGGUAUUGAGCCCUUCUAUGGUCACCCAUGAGGGUAGGAUUCCAAGUCAUGCUCUCUCCAUGCGAAAAUGUGGCAUAUGUGUGCAAGAUCCAGGCUGUUGAUCAGAUAGGUUGAUUGUGUUUCUUUCUCAUAGAUGGCCUAAGAUCAGGCCUCUCCAGUCAUCAUAUGUGCUACUGUGUACGUUUGAAUAUUGCCCUUUGGUCAAAAUUGUCAACCAGCCUUUUUUUUUUUGAUACAUGUCGACACAGCACAUACAUGGUGGAGCACACCUGACCUUAUCUUCCACCUACCACAUUGGCACAUUUGUGGAGAGUAAUUCAGAAUCCUACUCAUGUCGCUAUCUCAUACAAGUAUUGUGGGGCACUAAUUGGAGCAAAAGCAGCUGUAGUCAUGUGAAUGCAUAUAUCCUAUUGCAUGGUGGUUUAAUGUGGAUUUCACCAUAGUAAGUGGUAAUCUGGUUUUAGAUAAGACUGAAAAAGAACAAGCUCAACCAUAGUUGUGGCAUGAUGCUGCAGUUUACUGUCGUCUAACUGUUGGAUAGUCUUCUGGCUUUCCACAAGAAUCCUGAUUGAUGAUUGGUUAAGCUUUCUGAUGGCUCUGUUAAGAAGGGAGAGAUUGUGUUACUAAGAAAUGGCUUGGGUCUUCAAAUACCUGGGUGGAGAGCGACUUGAAUUUCGUUAAGGCGGUUGACUUCUUGUUGACACUAGGCAGUGCGGAUUUGGGUGAGUUUCUUGAGGAAAACUCCAUGAAGAUGGUACAAAAAAUUCAUUGACAAGAGUUUUGCUAAACGGUUGUGGGAUCGAAUUUCCUUUCUGGGCCUGUGUUUUAUGUGUAGUUACGACUCUCCUUUGCAACCAUCUGUAUGGAGUUGACUUCAACCAAAAAGCUUGGAGUUUGUUUGCUUGAAUAAAGCUACUGUGUUAGUUGCUGUGAUCAGCGCAACCAGAGUAGUCGGUGGACAUCUGAGAAGAGACUUUGAAUAUGUAGUCAGAUGGCCACAAGGGAACACCUCCAUCCUUCCUGCUGAAUUGCAUGUAUCUUUGACCAAAUAUCUGAUACAUUGCGGUGACGAGUUUUAUAUGCUCCUGCCAUCUCUAGUGGGAAGUGAGUCAGAACACAGCUGGUCUCGCUAACACUCAGGUGUUGUUCAAUGUUUAAGCAGGGGAUAUGUGUUCUCCAAUUCUCAGCUUGUAUAGGUGGGGGCCAUGGUUAAGUGAGCAGACUGUUGGGAUGAUGCAUCGUGCUGUUGGUGGACCAUUCCGUUCACAUAUUGUAAGAUCUUAGCCGCCAAUCAUGGGCCUCUUUCCAGUUGCAGCCCACAAAUUUAAAGCUCAGCAUUGUUCUGUUGAAGAGAUUUUGGGGCAGUGCCCAUCCUCAGAGGGUGGCCUCACGGAUCGAUAGACUUGAUGGAACCGUAGAGGCUCCGCUUUUUCAAACUGAAAACCCCAGUAUGGUGCAGGCAUCCUAGGAUUGAUGAUCCUAAAAGUGCAAUCUCAAAGCUACUGGAGAGAAAUGCUGAUAUAUAAUGUACUCUCUCCCUCUCUCCUGAUGAGAAUAUUUUGUACUGUGAUAUUAAUCUAUGAAUGUACGAUGUAUGUACUCUUCUGAUGCUUUUUGUGUGAAGAAUGUUUCUUGUGUGGUUACUGGCCCUAAGAAUUCUGGA